ACACCCUCCUCAACUAUGGGAAAGUCCACCAUGAGUACUAUUAGUCUCGCAGUGUCAGUUCUACAGAGCUUCAACAGGGUGGAAACCUUCCUUGACCCUUACCAAACCCUUGAUCGAACCGCAAAAAAGCUAAAGCUACGCAUUCUGACAGCCAAAACUCUCUUCCGAUCAGAGAUCAAGUUCCUUCCGGGGAGCAGCGCUUGGGGGGCAGAUUUUCCGCAAGGCAUCCGCGGGAGCAGUGGCGCCACCAAAAGUACUCGCGGUAGGCAAAAAGUAUCCGAAAAUACGAGUCGUGACUUGGUAUUACGCAUAGAUAUUUUGCCAUAUAUUUUACGAAUCCCAAUUCUCGGAUACUUCUUGCCUGCAGCGGGUACCCGGAAUGAGCGUUUGCUUGAGGGUGAUAUUAAGAUUAAGCUCGGUUCAUCCUAUGGCCGGUUGCGGAAUUCCAUGCGAAACGCACAAACGGCAUUGGAAAACAUUACGGAAAUUUUGGAAGAGCGAGCAAGGGAUGCCAAGUCGAAAUCCGAAACUAUAUUGAUAUUCAGGUCAUGUUUGUGGGGUUUGAUGGCAAUACUCCGAGUCCUGUCACUAGGAUAUCCUGAAGUACCCGUACAAACCAACAUAGUGCCAGAGAAACCGGUUUUCGAGCGCCUGGGGCUGGGGAGGUGUCCUGGGGGGUCUACCGGUAGGCUUGAGGAAUUACUUGCUAUAUUAGAGAAGGAAAUCAGCAUCAUAAGCGAAGUUCGACAGCUUGUGAUCGAGCCUUCAGGGUCCGAAUCUGACCCCUUACAGACUUCCACGGUCUCGAGCCUUCCCACCCCAGGAGAGCCGGCGAAUUCGGAACAAUUGAAGUCUAAACAAAACCAUGUUAUCAAUGACCUUUACAACCUGCUCUCAAGGGAAUUGGGUUGCCGAUGCCACUUCACCCAUCUAUCAUUGUGCAGUGUUUCCGCGGAUCCCUCUUCCAUAAAGCCGAUGGACUCGAUCUGUUCUUUCUUUGUCACUCUCGACUUGAACACCUGCAUGGAUGCAUAUGCCGCCAGACACCCCCUAGGUCUCACAGCGUCGAGGUCUCUGACGCCCACGCUCACGCCACCACGCACAGAGAAUCCCACUGGCUGCUCCACAAUCAUAACCUCACCCGUAGGUUCCCAGCAUCUCCUAGUAUAUCAGUCUCCUACUCGAAUCGAGUUUCUCCUCAAGUCUACCUGCCCUUCACUGGGUUCUCCGAAUGUCAACGCUCGCUCGAAUUCCCCACCAAUCCUAACGCUUCGCGAACUUCUAAGAUCCCACUCUCGAGGGGAAACUAGCAUGAAACUGGGGGAUAGGGAUAGGCUACUUCUUGCAGCCAAAUUGGCACAAUGGGCCCUCCAGUACAAUGACACCCACUUGCUAUAUGACCUAGAUGCCCGUAAGAUUCGUUUCUUUACACGAUACGAGUCCGACCUGAACAGCGGGAGCUGGACGCCUUAUCUAUCGACUGCUCUCAAUGGGCCCUCACCUGCACAUAACGAGCGUGGUGGGUUAUAUGCUCUUGGAUUGGUGCUUUUAGAGCUGGGGCUCCAGGGACCGUUCAUUGAUGAGUCCAUUGAUGAGUCGCGAAGCGAGGCCGCUAUCAGGAUUGCUCUUAGGAAGCUGUUGACUAAGUUUGGGUUGGGGCUCCGGUAUAGAUGUAUCGUCAAAGAAUUGCUGGAGAGGAGGAGCAGAGAGGAGAAGCUGAUAAAUUUGGAACAUUGGAUAAGAUCCAUAGAAGAAAAAGAUUUAAAAUAUCUCACAGAAUAGGAUAGUAGGGUUGGACCUCGUUGGGUAUUAUAGCAUCUGGAGGCAUGUAUAUUUGUGAUGAAACUAUACUUGUACAGUACACUAACGUGUUCCUAGCUGCGUUGAAUUUCAGGAAUUUCCCCU